CCCUCUCUCUCUUUCUCUCUCUCUGCUAUGCCUCACCAACUCUGCCAGACCCAAAUACAAUCCUGUAUAUCUUCUAACUCUCAGUUGGGUAUUUUCCACCCUUCGUUUCUCACCACAUCUGUUUCUUGAUUCCAUUUUCUUCACCAUUGUUUUACCCAGCUUCGAGUUGCAUUUAAACUCUAGUGGCAAUUUUCUGUUCUUUUCUCUCUCUUUUUCUUUCUGCUAGAGUUCUUCAAAGCAUUUAAUAUUAUUCUAUUUAGGAGUAUUACCAGCAACAGAAAACUAAGAAAUAAAUUGUGCUUGGCCUUGGGGUCUUAUUCUGCUUCUUUGGGGAUUACAUUUAUUACUUGUCUUGUUUUGUUAGCAUCACUACAUGGAAUGUUGAUAACUGAGAACGAGAAAGAGAGAAUUUAAGGCAUUACUUCCGACUACUUAUUGCUACUAAGCUGUUAUGGAGAGGCUCCAAGGACCAAUUAAUCCCUGUUUCCUAGGAGAGCAUUUGGAAGUGGAAUGCCUAGAACAAGGAUUUGUUAACUCAGAGAGCUUAAGAUUUGGAGAAGAAGAAGAAGAAGAAAUACACUUUUCAAUACCAAGCUUAGAAGACAAAAUGCCAUUCCUUCAGAUGCUUCAAAGUGUAGAAUCCCCUCAACUUUUUGCCUUCAAAGAACCCAACUUUCAGACACUUUUGAGACUGCAACACUUGAAGAAGCCAUGGGAGAUAAACAACAAUCCUUUCGUCCCGGAAAUGGAAACCCAAAUUCAAGCCCUAGAGCUUGAAAGCUGUGUCACCCAUGAAAUACUCGACUUACAUUCACCAGUCAAAUCUGAGACCAAAGACCUCACAAAAAACCCACAUUCAAGUUCAUAUUUUGAAGUUGUCAGCUCCGAGUCCAACCAAGACCAACCAAAAUCAGCAACGGGAGACAAUUGUAUUAGAGGCAACUCUGGCUCCUCACCUCAGAAAAACUUCACAAAAUCCCCUCCUAUUACUAGAGAACGAAGAAAGCGAAAACGAACAAAGCUAGCCAAGAACAAAGAAGAAGUUGAGAGCCAACGCAUGACCCACAUUGCCGUUGAACGCAACCGUAGACGUCAAAUGAACGAUUAUCUAAAUUCUCUUCGCUCUCUCAUGCCUCCAUCUUAUAUCCAAAAAGGUGACCAGGCGUCUAUUAUAGGGGGUGCAAUUGACUUCGUUAAGGAACUAGAGCAACUUCUUCAAUCCCUGGAAGCGCAAAAGAGAAUGAGAAGAGUUGAAGAACGCAACAAUAGUAAUAAUUCAGUGUCAAAGUCCGCAAUGGAAAUCUCACAGGAGGAAUCUGGAAUUGGAUCUGAAGAUGGGAACUAUGGUGAGGAAGUAAAGGCAGAAAGCAAGUCAGGUGCAGCUGAAAUAGAGGUUAACGUAAUACACAAUCAUGUCAACUUAAAGAUUCACUGUUCAAGAAGUCCUGGUCAGUUGUUACAAGCCAUUGUCACCCUGGAAAGUCUUAGAUUAACAGUUUUGCAUCUCAACAUUACUUCUUCACAAGCUUCUGUUCUUUACUCAUUCAAUCUCAAGAUGGAGGACGAUUGCAAGCUAAGAUCAGCGGAUGAGAUAGCAGCAGCAGUUCAUCAAAUGUUCAGCUAA